ACUCCCAGUAAUGCCCCGCGGCUGCGCUCUAACCCUUCCCUGGUACAUUCGGAUCUAGUCAUUAGGCUAAUGAGCACGGAGCUUGCGUGCCAACGGGCUGUAAUUGGCCGCUAGUCGCGUUCCUGAGCUGUGGGCACGGAGUGAGGAGCAGCUGGCGGUGAGUAGGUACCAGGCCUGGCCCCAUCUCUCCUCCUACUUCCUGUCAGCCCGGUGAGUCCUGCCCGCUCCCCUCUAUUCCCAGUGAGAUCCCGGCACGGAAACAAUAGGACCGACAGCGAGAGCCCGACAUUCCUGGAGCAGCAUGUGUGACACAGGUGCAUGAUGCCUCAGUGCCUGGCUAAUGGCUGCAGAAAUGGCACAGAAAGGACAGACCCGUCGCUCACUUUCCACAACUUUCCAGCAGAGGUGGAGGCGGCGAAGCGUUGGGCCGGACUAUGCGGAAUCACCGGACCCGAUCUCACCAAUCUACUGAGAGAUGUGGCACAGGGGAAUUCUGGGAAAUACCAGCUAUGCUCCUUACACUUUGAGGAUGGCUUCUUAAAUGGAAAUGACUCACGGGGAAUGGAUCCUGGGCUUCGUCAGGGUGCAGAGCCCACCCUUCUCCUGGGCAACCCACCUAAUCUCCAGGAGAGGAAGGGGCAGGAUACAGUUGCCAGUGCCCAGCAGCUUUCAGAAGUGGCUUGUGAGCCCAAGAAGACCAGUCCAUGCGUGUGCCACUGUACCACUCACACCACUGUGCACAGCUCGGAGCCUGGAAUGAACCAGAUUGUCCUCAACUUCCUGGAGAAUUCCAACAAGCUGAUUGUGGACAAUGUGCCCUCGGAACUUGCUUCCCAAUCUCAAGGGGUUUGUCCAGGCUCACGGCACGUGGCCAAACAGAUUGUUCUUAUUUUCCUCGGUCAUCCAAGUCAGUCAGCUAAUCAGACUCCUCAAAGCUCUUCUCAGGAACCUCUCCCAACAGUGAGCACCAGCACCCAGACUGUGUUAACUGGAAGGAACUGGGAGCCUCCGAAUCCACAGCCCGACACAGUCAAAGAGUCAAUUCCCCGGCCCAGUAAGGAUCUUCCACAGACUGUCAGCUCCUGCACUCAGACUGAGAGCUGUGUAUUCCUGCAGCCAGACGGUGAGAAUCAGCAGAAGCCAUUCAGAAGACAGAAAGAGGGAGCAGGAGACCCCACACAUCACCCAGAGGGUCACUCGCCCCACUGUCUCAUGCCUCAAUUAAACCAGUAUAUUGACAGCCUGCUACACCAACAAAAUGUAUCUAUCCACCCCUCCGAGCACCAUAAUGUAUCUGCAUCCACCUCACAGUGCUCCUGCCUCCACUCCCAACCUCCAGUGAAACAGAUUGUUCUCAAUUUCCUGGACCCAGAGAGCAGAACACUUCAGCAGGAGGUCCCCAACCAUCAUGCAAGUGUCUCCUCCCAAACCCCAUGUUCCACAGAGCGUCAGACGUAUGCACAGAAUCUCAGCCCCAUACACACCAAGUUUAACGACCCGCCCCAGCCCCUCUGCACCAAAGGACAGCAAGUAAACUCACAGCAAGAGGUUUUCACCUCUACCAACCCUAAUGACGCAGCCCAGGCUGAUUGCAUCAUAGAGCAGCUCAGAGACACACAGCAUGGGGGCUUCAGCUCUACCAGUGUUUCCCCACCUGAUUGCUCCAGACAAGAGGACAUGGACACCCAACAAGAGUCCCUAGGUGCUGCUAAUAUUAGUGACUUGUCCUUGUCAGUGAGCAGCAAACAUGAGAACAUGGAUGCCCAGCAGAAGGUAUUUGGUCCUGCCAACCCUAGUGCCUCAUACCAGCCAGUGUGCUCCAGACCAGAGGAAAUGGACACUCAACAGGAAAGCGUGGGGCCUACUAGCCAUAGUGACCUGUUCAAUACUUCGUUCUCCAGCCACCAGCAUGUAGGACCAGUACAAGAUUUUUUCAAGCCCACUAACCCUGAAGCAUCCCUGUUUUUUUUGUCCAAAGACCAUCACCCAGAUAAAGAGCUAGAUUUAUCAAGAUCUCCCUUACUCAGGGAAUCAUCACAGCAAUUGUCCAUUAGACCUCAGACUAUGGACACACAACAGGAGGGCUUUGGUCAUACCAGCAAUAGUGACUCAUGCCAGUCAAUGUGCUGUAAGGAUCAGGCUAUGGAUACACAACAGGAGGUCACCAUGACUACCAUAAAUAAUGGCUCACAGCAGAAUUAUGCCAAUGAUGUUGUUCCUUCUGGCUCUUCUCAGCCUGUGUCCAUCAAGCACAAACACUGGGACAAACAAGAGAAGCUUGAGAACAUCUCGGUUUUGGGUCAAGAUGUCCCAAGCGCUCCUAAAGACUUAUCCAAUACCAGAGACUGUAGCUCUGCUCUUGACUUGGCUCAAGCAGAAUACCACCCAACAGAACACAAUGGGGAUGAUGGCCAUGUGACUAAUGACGUUUCCAAGUCUGACAUCUCCAGAAUCAAUACACUGCAUAACGUCCCUGCUCCUAUAACUUUAAGUGACACUUGCAGCUCUGUAUGUUCCACACCCCUUCAAUCUGAUGCCAAACAGAUGCCAAUCUCCUGCCCUCCCAUUUAUAGGCAUCAGCCACAGCCAUCAAGCCCUAGCCAGCAGUACCCAGGAAACAAGCAAGAGAGUAAGGCUCUCCCACCUGAUCACUUAAAGUGUGAGGAUACAGACACACAACAAGUCUCCAGCUCACAGAAUGACUUCCACUCUACUAGCUCAAGGUCUUCCUCCCAGACUAAUGGCUCCUUAUGGACAGAUAAAGUUUCAGAUUUUUCUCAGCCGGCAAGUUCCACUCAAAGAAUCCUAAUUGCACUGCAAGAGGCCAUCAACUCUGAUUCCCAUGAGCAUUUACCACAGCUUGAAAUCUCCAAACACCAGAUCACUGAUACACCACUGGCUACCAUCAACCCCAGUUCUGCUGGGGAUUUACCACCGCCAUCAGUCCCCAAACAGCAGAUACCUGACACACCACUGGUUACCAUUAGCCCCAGUGCGAGUGAAGAUUUACCUCUGCCAUCAGUCACCAAACAGCAGAUACCUGAUACACCACUGGCUACCAUCAGCCCCAGUUCCACUGAAGAAUUACCUCCACCAUCAGUCCCCAAACAGCAGAUACCUGAUACACCAAUGACUACAAUUAGCCCCAGUUCCAAUGAGGAUUUACCUCUGCCAUCCGCCCCAAAACACCUGAUACCUGAUACACUACUGGCUACCAUCAGCCAAAGUUCCACCAAGGAAGUACCUCUGCCGUCAGUCUCCAAACAGCAGAUACCUGAUACACCAUUAGCUGCCAACAGCUCUGCUUCUCCUGGGGAUUUACCACUGCCAUCAAUUUCCAAACACCAGAACACAGACACACCACUUGAUUCCACCAAUGAUAAUUCUCUCGGGGAUUUACUACAGGUAGCUGCCUCCAAUCACCAGAGCACUGCCACGCUAGAUGUCUCACUAGAUAUGGGCAGUUCUAGUUGUUCUGGAGAUUUAUCACAGCUGGAAUCCUCCAAUCACCAGAACGUUGAUGCACCACAUGAUACUGAUAUUUCUAAUGUUUGUGGGACUUUAUCACAUUGUUCCUCCAGCCUCCAAUCUUCCAAUGGUUUACAGGAAGUUUUACUUACAAGGCAACAAUAUGGAGAUACACCCCAGGGUACUAUUAGUACUGAGUCAAACAGUGUCUCAUUGCAGCUCACAGAAAACAUUGGAUUUACCAGUGUUGAGGGCUUACCCAAGUUUAACACCACAGAAGAAUUCCAAGACGCUGCCAGCUCAAGCUCUCUUAAGGAUCCUUCCCUAUCUGCAUGUGCUGGGAGAGAGCAUAUGGGUACCCCAGAGGAUCUCCUCACCCAAGAUGGCUUGUCCCAAAUUGAAUGCCCCAAAGACCAGCCCACAGACCCAAAGCAAGCUGAUCCCAAUGCUUGUUCUCCUACUCCUUCAUUUUAUGCUGAACGUGCUUCAAACCAGUAUUCUGAUCUCCACCAUGAUGUCUUAUGUUCUCGUUCUUCAGGAGAAUUGGCACAAUCUGUAACCACCAGCCAUUCAAACUCAGAUGUACUGCAGGAUGAGAUAUACCUUUGCUCUCGUAGUAAAGUGCCCCAGACUGACUGCUGUAAACUGGACAUUGCAUAUAACCUUUGUUGUGUAUCACCCCAACCUUCCAGCUUGAAACGCAAGCACCCUGACUUUAGCCCUUCUUGUGACCAGUCUACGUGCACAUGUUCAGUAUACGAACAUAAGGGAACACCAGAGCCUGACAUCAUUUCUGGAGAUGCUGUUGACUCUUCCCAGUCUGUAAACACUGACAUCCAAUGCAUUGUCCCUGAGAUUUCCAGUGGGUGUGACCUUCUCCAGGAUGUAUCUGUCUCUAGUGCUUUCACCUGCUGUCAAUUACAGAAAAGAGACUCAUAUGGGGAUGCCCCUGGUCAUAGUGAUUUAUCCACUAACCCGACCAAAGCUGCACACGAGGAUGUCCCUGACCCUAACACCCCCCACAAUGUGUCCACUUCUGCAUGCUCUGCUCAGGAGAGCACAGGAGCUGAGCAGUAUAUCCCUGAAAAUGAUAAGGUCUCAUCCCAGCCUGAAAGUUCUAUAUACCAAAUGACAGAAACACAGCAAGAUGUCAUCUAUAGCACCCCUAGUGGUUCAUCUCAGUCUGACUGCUCCAAACACCAACAUACAGGCACACAAGAUCCUACCCUAUCAAAUGAUCUUAUUGAUUCAUCCCAGUCUGACUGCUCCAAAUACCAACAAAGAGACACACAGCAAGAGCCUCCCCUCUCCAGCACCAUUGGUGGCUCAUCCCAGUCUGAUUGCUCCAAACACCAACAUACAGACAGUCAAGAAGAACAUUCCCUCUCCCACACCUCUAGUGUACCAUCCCAGUCCGACUGCUCCAAAUUCCAACAUACAGACACUCAAGAAGAGACUUCCCUUACCCACACCUCUAGUGUACCAUCCCAGUCUGACUGCUCCAAAUUCCAACAUACAGACACUCAAAAAGAGCCUUCCCUUACCCACACCUCUAGUGUACCAUCCCAGUCCGACUGCUCCAAAUUCCAACAUACAGACACUCAAGAAGAGACUUCCCUUACCCACACCUCUAGUGUACCAUCCCAGUCCGACUGCUCCAAAUUCCAACAUACAGACACUCAAGAAGAGACUUCCCUUACCCACACCUCUAGUGUACCAUCCCAGACCAACUGCUCUAAAUUCCAACAUACAGAUACUCAAGAAGAGACUUCCCUUACCCACACCUCUAGUGUACCAUCCCAGGCAGACUGCCCCAAAUUCAAACAUAUAGACAGUCAAGAAGAGCCUUCCCUUACCCACACCUCUAGUGUACCAUCCCAGUCUGACUGCUCCAAAUACCAACAUACAGACACUCAAGAAGACACUUCCCUUACCCACACCUCUAGUGUACCAUCCCAGUCCGACUGCUCCAAAUUCCAACAUACAGACACUCAAGAAGAGCUUUCCUUUACCCACACCUCUAGUGUACCAUCCCAGUCCGACUGCUCCAAAUUCCAACAUACAAACAUACAAGAUCAUUCCCUCUCUAGCCCUGCUAGUGUCUCAUCUCAGCCUGAAUGUUCCAGGUCCCACAACACAGACACACAGCUGGAUGCACCCAUGUCUAGUGAGUGCUCCACAUACCAGCACACUCCAAUACAGGUGGUUCUACCCCUCUCUGGUCUUCCUAGUGACACAUCCAAGCCUCAAAAUUCCACAUGCUGCAACAAAGACACACAGAAUGAUCUCCCCCUUUCUCCCAUACCACUUGUCUUAUCCAAGACUGAAUGUUCCACACUUACACACACAAAGCCAGAUCCCCCUAUACCUAAUGCUCCAAGUGACUCAGCUGAGUACCAAAAUACAGACACACAGCAAGAUAUUCCUCUCUCUGCAAGUGACUCAUCUGAGUGUUCCAGGUGUUACAAUGCAGAGAAACAGUAUGAUGUUCCCCGUUCUAGUACUACUAUUGACUCAGCUCAUCUAGAACAUUCCAGGUGUGACAAUGCAGAGAAACAGUAUGAUGUUCCCAGUUCUAGUACUACUAGUGACUCGACUAGUUUAGAACGAUGCAAUGCAGAGAAACGGCAGAAUGCCCCCCUCGCAAGGAGCCCUAGUGAUGUAUCUCAGCUUGCCAUUUCCUGUAAUCAGAACCUGAGCUCACAGCAAGAGAUUUCCAUCUCCAGAACCCCUAGUGCCUCAUCCCAGCCUGAAUAUCCCAGGCACCAGAAUACAGACACACAUCUGGAAUUACCUUUCACUAACCCUCCUACUGACUCAUCUCUGGCUAUAAUCACUGAUUACCCAAAGCGAGAUACACAAAAGGAAGCCUCUGAGAACAUCUCUGAGAAAAGAGGUCCUGUAUACCACCAUGCAGAGAUGCAGCAGAAUUCCAUUGGUACUGCUUUUUCUACUGAUUCUUGGGAAAAUAAUAACUUCAGGUACCAAGACAGAGACACAAAUGUUCAUGGCUAUGAUUCUGGGGAAGUGUUGGAGCCUUCAUGUUCAGAGGGGCAGGGUCCUCCUCUCACUAAGAAAGCCGAUGUCUUAGUCCAGUCUAAAUGUCCCACAUACCAGCAGGAAGCCUGUGACUCCAACACAACCUUCAACUCAUCCCAAACACCAGAGCUUGGGCAGAAAAUGGGUGCACAGGAUCCGGUGACAUUUGAUGACAUUUCGGUGUAUUUCUCCAGAGAUGAGUGGGCCCUGCUGGACGCGGGUCAGAAGCAGCUCUACAGGGAAGUGAUGGCAGAGAAUUACAGAGCGCUGGUGUCUGUAGGGUAUGUGAUGGAAGAGCCGGGCCUGGUGUCCCACAUUGAGCAUGAGCAGCAGGGGAGUCCUAUCAGAAGCAGGAGCAGCCUCCAUGCAGGGCGGCACUGCGGCUUCAUCAAGAAGACCCACAAUGAUGUCUCCUUUCUAAGUGUACAAGAUGCAGCCAGGCCUGUGUGUGACCCUGGUCCUACGAAGAGCAGCAACCAUCUCUGUGCUCUGAUGAGACUGGUGAAAGAGAUCCCAGGAUUUCUGCUCGGCAGCUCCGGUAGCCCGUCUCCUGCUGAGAGCCUGGAGGAGCCCGAGAACAAAGGACCAAGCCCAACAGUUAAAACAGAAGACUCCUCCCCAUCCUGCACCCCAACUCCCAUCAUAUUGCAGCAUAAGAGAGAGGCUCAGCUUGCUGCCGCUAACAGGGCUAAGAAUAUGGAGCCAACUUAUACUGAGGUCAUCACAAAGGAAGAAGAGGAAACAUUUCAGACAGAUUCUGGUGCAUCUACGAAGCUUGUUCGUCCUUCAGGAAAAUCUCCCAUCAGGCUGUGUGGGGACUUGGCUGGCAGAAUUGUUUUUGGAGAGUUAAAUGUUAAACAAGAAGAAUGUGAGCCUUGCACUCCUGCGCCCCACUUCCCUGAAGGUAAAAAAGAAACGUCAGCGCAGAAGCCCAAGUCCUUCCACCCCCCGAGGAAUUCCCCACAAGCAGCUGGGAGUCACAGAGCAAACAUGGCUGCUGCAGCGCAGCGCUCUUUAGGGGAGCCCCUGGGGGCUAGAAGUGCUGCCUCGGGCUCCGAAGUGAGAAUCAAACAAGAGGAUUCUGGGAAUGGAGAAAAAGCGCUUGAUCCCUGUGUGAGGAAUCCAUCAGGUCUUCCUUCUCCCCAUUUUGAGGCUCUGCUGCACCAGGACAGUGAUCCCAGGAGAUUUGGGUCAUCACCUCGAAGAUCUCCGGCAGACAACAUGCCAUUGGGUAACUCACAUCUACACGGCUUAGUCAACUGUCUGAAGGAGAUCUCCGUGUGCCGGCCACGCCUUAUCCACAACCCCAUCUCUGCCGUGCGAUUGGGCCCAGAACUGAACCGAAUCUGCUCAGAUGGUGCUGGAGCCCUGGUCAGUCGAGGGGCAGAAGCACAAGCCCAGCACAGUCAUUUCACUCGGGCUACAGCCAACAGCCCUUCCCAGCCAAUGCCCGAGGGCUACAACACACGCCUGGGCCGAGAUGAAACCAGUCGCAGCUCACUUCAGACUUUUGAGAGAGGACAGGAAAAGAACCUGCUUCUUGUUUCCAGCCCCCACAGGUUGGGUACUGUCGGCUCUCGCAGGGGUGAAGAGAUUUGCUCUCCAGACCUGGGACUCAAGAGGACACACUCAGAUGCAGAUCUGUCCGGCCUGCUCGGUGCAAUAAGCAGCACAAAGAGAGCAGCCCUGGGGUCCUCCAGCCCUUCCUUCCCUGUGACUUGGAGCUCUCCUGCACGCCGCAAUAUCCUGAAACCACCAGAAGAGGCUCCACCUGCCCGAUGUGAUGAAUCUCCAGCCUGGAAGUCCCAUUUGAUGAGUGUGAUGAAAUGUGUGAAGAAGAUCCCAACCUGCAAACCAAGUCCUUCCACCACUCACUGUGGCUCUCCCAGGUUCCCCACCUCUAGCCGGGGCCCGACAAGACCUGAGAUGGACCUCAGCAGAGCCAGCGCACAAGGUGCCAAUACAGAGGGCAAGCAGAAAGUGAGCCACGUCCUGGUGAAGGAGGAGAAGGAGCAAAGCCCUUCAUGGCCGGCGGGGACUAUGUGGGUGCAGCCAGACAGCAGUUCCAGAGACACGGACAAAGCAGGUCCUUCUGGGAAGAACAUUCACUUGAGUGGUCUGAUGAAGCUUAUGGAGGGGAUUCCAGGCUGUGACUCCAGUGGCCCCUCUAGAUCCAUGUACAGCAUUGCUGUGGGGCAAACUGAUGGCAGGAAACCCGGCAGGAGCACCCAGCUGCCAUACUGUAAUGAUGACGGCUGUUUCCUCCCAGAGCUGAGUGAUAACACCAUUGCAUCAGUGGACUCCGUGUUCAGCGAUGAUACAAGUCUGUCCUCAGAGAAUGGUCCCACUUGUCAGACCCAGUUAAGUGAGAGGAGAGGAGCCCGCAGGGAUGUGCCAGAGAGAAGCAGAUGUGCUGCUGAGAAUGGUGAAGCCUCCCUCGCGGCUAUCAGUGGCCUGCAGAAGGUGGUCCGUGGCUUUCUGGAGCAGGAGUGCACAAGCCCAUUAUCUGCCGUACAGAGAGAAGGUUCUGCUGAGAAGAACAGGAUUCAGGAGGAGAAUGGAGAGGUGGCCACGUAUCUGCAGACUCCGUUGCCGGCCUGGAGAGGUGCAUUUCUGUGUCACAAUGACAAGUGGCCCCCUGGGAAUGAUUCCUCGUACUCAGCCCUGAGUGGGCUCCAGAAGGUGGUGAAUGGCUUCUCUGAGUUGGACUGUGUCAGCCCUUUCUCUGCUGUGAGCACUACUACCAGCGAGGGGGGCACCGACACCUCCACUAAUAAGAAAGGAGAACAGCAAGUCCGGGCUCAUUCCUCAUACUCUGCCCUCUCUGGGCUGCAGAAAGUGGUUAAUGGUGUUGUGGAUAUUGGGUGCUUGAGCCCCUUCACUACUACCAGUAACGUGUCUAGCGACGGAGGGCAGGACACCAGCCUGAAGAAGAGAUGUGAUGAUUCCUCGCAAGUGUCACCGAGACCGUCAGGAGAGAAGCAAAUUCUACUGCCCCCAAGGGCCCCGGCUGCUAAAUGUGAUCCAGGGAAGACCAGCAGUGCACACAGCAGCCCUCGACUUAAACCCACACCCAGAAGCCAUUGCAUCGAUCUGACGCAGGAGGAGGAGCCUGUCCCUAAUAAAACAAGUGCACUGAUCCCAGAGAGGCAGGAGAGGAGCGCCCCCCGCAGGCCAGUUGAGCUCCCUCGUGUCCCGCCGUCCAGCAGUCAAUACAUUGAUCUGACCAGAGAGGACGAACCGCUCAAUAAACUCAAAUCCUUCAACCCACCAGCAGGAGGCGCAACGUCCUCCCAUUCUGCGAGCAUAAACAAGGCCACUCACUCAGAAAAGAGACCCCGGCCGUGUAUAGACUUGACAAGGGAGAGACGGGUGGAUGUAAAUAAGCCAUUGGAUCCAGGCCAGUCAGGACAGGAGCACAAGAGGAUGAGAGCAGGAGUCCCUGUAGUAAAUGAACAUCUCAGUGGCCUGGAGAAGCUCUUGAAAGAUGUUCCUGCAUUUACUCCCAGUAACCAACCCAGUGGGUAUCGACAGAAUGCAACCUGGUGGUUCAAAAGCACAUCCUCUCAUGAAACGUGAAGCUGUGGCGAAUAAUCAGCGCAGCGAGAGGAAAUCCUAUCAAAUUUCUCAUCAGCAAUGAAAACUUUUAUUAGUGGGGAGGGACGGGGUGGAAGAUGCCGGGAGUCCCACCCACACAGCAAUAUCUCCUGUACUGUAGUGAGUUGGGGAAACGUCUCCCACCGUCGCACUGAGGAUUUUUUUUAUUUAUCAUACGGACACUGAAUGCAAAAUACACAGACUGUCCAGUCCCGGGACAAGGAGAGAAGGGGCAGGAGAAUCAGCCCAGGAGUCUGGAGAGCGGAAAGACAAAGGGGGGCCCUGUGCACAGCUGUUGAUUUAUAGAGGGACAACUGCUGCAGAGGUUUGUAAUGAUCGCUCUCCAAACAUCAGGCUCUCGCCCAAUCCGGGCCGUUGGGGGUCGGCGCAAGGCACAGAUGUAAGCGGAGGCUGCUGGGGCCCCAAUAUCCCUGAUCUCUCCUCCUGAACAUCCCAAGCUCUGCCCAUUCCCCGCCGAUCUAUUGGGGCUGCUGUACGUCAACUACACGCGGUCCCCUCCCUUCAACUCCGAACUUCUUGCACCAAACUGAUCGCACCCCCCGAGUAUCUGGAGAAUGAGUUUUACGCCCCAUUCUGGACCCGUCCUGCCGGAAUCCUGAGAUUGCACACAAUGCGUUGGGUCUGGAUACGACGCUCCGUACGUGAUCCGGAUACUCCACUCCCACAUAUUUAUUCAUAUUUAUACCUGUAGAAAUGUAAAUAUUGUAAAUAAUAUCUUCACCAACGGCUGACAAUCCCCUGUAUCUGCAGAUAUACAGAAGUGAAUAUAUAUAUAUAUUGUCAGACAAUAAAACACAAAUAUGAGAUUUUCUGCAGAACAAAAUAAAAAACGAGUUUCCACUGAAACGUUGGUACUA